CUGCCAAGCACAUUUCACAAACUUCUUCAUGUGCAUUUCAACUUUGUUUUCCUCCUGAUCUUGAGAUAUUUAGAGGAAGGCAGAAGAAUCCUCACACUUUAGAAUAAGACGUUGCCCUGGCGACAGCUCAUCCUUAUCACGACUCUCACAAAUAUGCACCUCUGUGAUUCAGUGGGAGGUUGAUGAUCUCCAAGGAUAUUGUUCUGAAGAUUUCUGCUUCUUGUGACUCUUUCAGAUGCCCUGAGGAACCUACCAGUAUUUGACACUCUGAUCUGAGAGGGUUGAGGAAAUGGGGAUUUUACAUUUUCUGGUGUUUGUGCUGCUUGGAGACAGAUUGGGUCCUACACGUUCGGACAUUUUAGCGAAGGCCCAGGCCAGCGAGCGACGUGUCUUGGCACACAUACCCGGUGACAUCAUCAUUGGGGCUCUUUUCUCCGUCCAUCAUCAGCCACCGGCUGAUAAGGUUCACGAGCGCAAAUGCGGCGCUGUACGCGAGCAGUAUGGCAUCCAGCGGGUGGAGGCCAUGAUGCACACCCUGGACCGCAUCAACGCGGACCCACACAUCCUACCCAACAUCACACUGGGCUGCGAGAUCAGAGACUCCUGUUGGCAUUCGGCUGUGGCUUUGGAGCAGAGCAUCGAGUUCAUUCGUGACACUCUAGUCUCAGCCGAGGAGGAAGAAGGCAUGUCUAAGUGUUCAACUGAAGGUGGAGGGACUCCCAUGACAGGGAAGAAGCCCAUUGUGGGGCUGAUCGGGCCCGGAUCCAGUUCUGUGGCCAUCCAGGUUCAGAAUCUCCUUCAGCUCUUCAACAUUCCCCAGAUUGCAUAUUCGGCAACCAGUAUGGAUCUCAGCGAUAAGUCUUUGUACAAGUACUUUAUGAGGGUGGUGCCCUCCGAUGCCCAGCAGGCCAGAGCGAUGGUGGACAUCGUCAAAAAAUACAACUGGACCUAUGUAUCUGCCAUUCACACUGAAGGGAACUACGGUGAGAGCGGAAUGGAGGCCUUCAAAGACAUGGCAGCAAAGGAGGGCAUCUGUAUCGCCCACUCUGACAAGAUCUACAGCAAUGCUGGAGAACAGAGUUUUGACCGUCUUCUCGAUAAGCUCAGGAUCCACCUGCCCAAAGCUCGAGUGGUGGCGUGCUUCUGCGAGGGCAUGACCGUACGUGGCAUCCUCAUGGCCAUGAGACGCCGCCGCCUAGUUGGAGAGUUUCUGUUGGUUGGCAGCGAUGGUUGGGCAGACCGCUAUGAUGUCACUGACGGCUUCCAGAGGGAGGCAGCGGGGGGAAUUACUAUCAAGCUGCAGUCUGCUUAUGUCACAUGGUUUGAUGAUUACUACCUGAACCUGAAGCCGGAUACGAACCUCCAGAACCCCUGGUUUCCGGAGUUCUGGCAGCACCGCUUCCAGUGCCGGCUGAAGGGACAUCCUCAAGAGAGCAACAAAUACAACAAGACCUGCACCAAGAAAGAGUCGCUCCGACACCAGUACGCUCAGGAUACGAAGAUGGGCUUUGUGAUCAAUGCCAUCUACUCAAUGGCUUACGGACUGCACGCCAUGCAGAAGUCUCUGUGUCCCGGCUACGCCGGUCUGUGUGAAGCCAUGCGGCCGAUUGAUGGAGGUAAACUCUUAGAAUUCCUCAUGAGGACAAACUUCUCUGGUGUCUCGGGAGAACUGGUGCUGUUUGAUGAGAAUGGAGACUCCCCGGGGAGGUAUGAAAUCAUGAACUUUAAACAGAUGAGUGAGGAGGACUAUAGCUACAUCUACGUGGGCAGCUGGGACAACAGUGGGCUGAAGAUGGAUGACGAGGAGAUUUGGGCAAACAGCAGUGCCAUCAUCAGAUCAGUGUGCAGUGAUCCUUGUGAAAAAGCUCAGAUAAAGGUUAUCCGUAAGGGUGAGGUGAGCUGCUGCUGGACCUGCACUCCAUGUAAAGAAAACGAGUUUGUGUUUGAUGAAUACACCUGUCGUAUGUGCGUGCUUGGAUCCUGGCCUACAGAUGACCUCACAGGCUGUGAGCCAAUCCCGGUGCAGUACCUUCUGUGGGGAGAUCCUGAGCCGAUCGCAGCUGUGGUCUUCGCCUGCCUUGGCCUGCUCGCUACCAUCUUCGUCACUUUAGUCUUCAUCAGGUUCCACGAUACGCCGGUGGUGAAGUCCUCCAGCAGAGAGCUGUGCUUCAUCAUCCUGGCUGGCAUCUGUUUGGGGUACCUGUGUACGUUCUGCCUCAUCGCCAAACCGCACGUGGCCUACUGUUACUUGCAGAGGUUGGGAAUAGGGCUCUCGCCCGCCAUGAGCUACUCCGCUCUGGUCACCAAAACCAAUCGCAUUGCUCGCAUCCUUGCGGGCAGCAAGAAGAAGAUCUGCACCAAGAAGCCUCGUUUCAUGAGCGCCUGCGCCCAGCUGGUCAUCGCCUUCAUCCUGAUCCUGAUUCAGCUGGGCAUCAUCGUGGCGCUCUUCAUCAUGGAACCUCCGCAAGUGAUCUACGACUAUCCGUCCAUACGCGAGGUGCACCUCAUCUGCAACACUACCACGCUCGGCGUGGUGGCACCGUUGGGCUACAACGGGCUGCUCAUCCUCAGCUGCACCUUCUACGCCUUUAAGACCCGCAACGUCCCCGCCAAUUUCAACGAGGCCAAAUACAUCGCGUUCACCAUGUACACCACCUGCAUUAUCUGGCUGGCUUUCGUGCCAAUUUAUUUCGGUUCAAACUACAAGAUAAUCACCAUGUGUUUUUCUGUUAGCCUCAGCGCCACCACUGCGCUGUGCUGCAUGUUUGUGCCCAAGAUCUACAUCAUGUUGGCCAAACCUGAGAGGAACGUACGCAGUGCUUUCACCACAUCGACGGUUGUGAGGAUGCACGUGGGUGACGGGAAAGCUGCCUCGGCCGCUAGCCGAUCUAGCAGCUUGGCUAACCUGUUCAGACGACGAUGCUCUGGCACAGACACGGUCAGCAGGGCUUCACCCGCCAGUCUUUUUGACAGCACCUACGACUCUUCGUGUGCGGUCAGGACCACUGAUUUUGAGGACCUGGGCGCCUUGACACCACCUUCGCCGUUUAGAGACUCCUCCGUGGACUCGAUCAGCGAAUCUCCCACAUCGCCAGCCUCAGAGCUGCCAUUGUGUGAGCCCUGCUCUCCAAUAUACGACCAGCUGGUGCUUCGGCACUACAGCCAGAGCUCCUCUUCGCUCUGA